AUGCCACCAAUUUUAACUCCUGUCCAAACACCCAUAACCUCACCCCCCCCCCUCCCUCUUCCCCCUUCCAUCUUUGAACCUUCACAGCCGUCGAAAAGGUUCUACAGCUCUUUGUUAUCGUCUACCCUAUCAGCAUACUCCAGUGUCAUCUACAUACCAAUCAUGGCGUCAUUGAUAAGCGACCUGAUUAAGGUUGUGCAGCCUGAGGUGGUGCAGUGGCGCCGCCACAUCCACGAGCAUCCAUAUGUUGCAUAUGAGGAGCAGCCCACUGCCGACUACGUGGCGGACCUCCUCGGCUGCAUGCCCGCGCCGCUGGACAUUCGUCGGCUGACGCCGAACAGCGUCGUGGCGGACCUUCGGGGUGGCGCUGGCGAGGGCCCCAUGUACGCCCUGCGCGCCGACAUGGAUGCACUGCCGCUGCAGGAGGAGAGCGGCGAGCCCUUCAGCUCGAAGCGGCCAGGCGUGAUGCACGCGUGCGGCCACGAUGCGCACACAGCGAUGCUGCUUGGCGCAGUGAAGGUGCUGUGCCAGAUGCGCGACCGCAUCCGUGGCACCGUUCGCUUUAUUUUCCAGCACGCCGAGGAGGUGAUUCCGAGCGGGGCAAAGCAGCUGGUGGGGCUUGGGGUGCUGGAUGGCGUGUCCAUGAUCUUUGGGCUGCAUGUCGAUGUCAUGCGCCCCUCUGGGUCAAUCUGGUGUCGUGUAGGUACGAUUAUGGGUGCCUGCAACGACUUCGACAUUGUGAUUCGCGGUGCUGGCGGCCAUGCCUCGCAGCCGGAGCUGUGUGUCGAUCCCAUUCACAUUGCCUCCGAGGUAGUGGCAAACCUCCAGUCCGUUGUAUCCCGUCGCGUGAGUGCGCUGAAGGCUCCUGUGCUGAGCGUCACGCAUAUCGCGGGCGGCACCGGUGCGUAUAACGUGAUUCCAGACUCUGUGCACAUGCGCGGCACGCUACGCUGUCUCGACCGCGACACUCAGGCCUGCGUCCCUGGCCUGAUGGAGGAGAUGAUCGCCGGCAUCACAAAGGCGCAUGGCGCUCAGUACGAGCUGAGCUGGGUGGAACCCGUCACUGUGACGUACAACGACCCGAAGGCGUACGAGGUUGCUGUGCAAGCUUCUCGGGAUACACUCGGUGAGGAGAACUACCAUGUUCUUGAAAACCCUAAGUUUGGUGUGGAGGACUUCUCCGAAUAUGUCACCGUCAUUCCGGGCUGCUAUAUUCUUCUUGGGGCAAAGCCAUUUGGCGAUGCGAAGAUUUCACCGGCACACAGCUCCACGUUUCGAAUCGACGAGGACGCUUUUUUGCACGGAAUCGGGUUCCACGUGAAUGUUAUCCGCAUUCUGAUGAUUGACUCGUAA